AUGAAACCUGCCAUCAUCGCCGGUAUCCUAGGCGCUAAGCUUGUCAGCGCUGAUCCCUGUUAUCAUGAUGGAUCGAGAUUAACGACACAAGGCACAUUUGCCGUCAAGGAGGCGAAGUACGCCUGUGUCAAUUUGGAAACCAACCAAUACUUACAGAUGUGGGUCACGAACGAGAACACCCAGUUCUCCUUUGAUCUCAACGACAAGGACUGCACGAAGGAGUUCAACAAACUUAUGAACACUUGUCAGAUCAAUGGCAUCACCCAGGGAGGAGCAACCACUGUGGCUGGCUGGGGGUUUCGGUAG